AUGGAAGACCUGUCAUCACUGUCAAGAUCACUCCAUGAGAUACUAAAAGCUCCACAAGGAGGUGAAAGUCUAGCAUCUACCGUCGAGGGUUACCUCACCACUGCAGAAACAAGUACGAAGACUGCAGUAUGCGAUAUACUCCUGGAGCUCCUGGCGGAGGGAGAUGAGCCAUCACAAACAGAUAAGAAGCAAGUGAUCCUAUCAGAUACUUCACUCACUUACUUACCCCUUCUCCUCCCUCUAUCAACCUCUAUAAUCUCUUCAAAAGAGCUCGUCUGCCUCAUCGCUGAAUAUUCAAAGGCCCGUGAAGUGGUAUUGGGUCUGACGGAAGGUAUACAGUCGAUCGUCGACCGGGCAGAAGGGUAUCAGGUAUCAGAUGAUGAAGGUGAUUUUGAGGAUGAGGAGAUUGCGGUGGAUUGGCCAGGGUUGAUCGAGGAGUAUGAAUUGAUCAUCAGGUGUCUAAAUGUUGCUAUUCCUAGAUUACCAAACUCAAGAAGUACACCUACACUUCUCUCCCUCAGCGAGAGCGUAUCAAUAUCUCUACCAAUCUUAUCUCAUCAAGCUACGACAAUAUCUGCUAGGAUACUACUGAAGGAAUUAUGCGGAUUGGUGAAUACCAUCUGGGUAUGGGUACAGAAUACGAGUGAUAAAGGCGGUGAACAACGAGCUAUACUAUUUACUAUGCUGUUCGAGUCGAUCACUCUGCUCGGAUAUAAAGUCGAUGCGAAAUUGACUGAAAGAUGGUUCUUGAAUACUUUUCCUAAAUUCAAGAAUAUGCCAACAUCUCAAGAAUCACUUGAAGGAUGGGAAGCGGGACAAGAAGUUCUGGAUUUAGCUUGGUCCACAGGCCAGACACUCGACUUCACUCCAUCAGACAUUGUCCACAAGAUCAUUGACCCCUCCCAUAUCACCGUACACUCCUCUUUGGCUUCUCUCAAUCUCAUAUCUUCCCAACUAGCCACGCAAGAUAUCAUGACCCUUAUUCCUUCUUUGGUCUCGCCAAUGUUAUUGGACGAUAGUAUGCCAAUCCUCUGUGCUGCGCUGAGUGGAUCGAGCGUAGAUGCUGGAGUUGCUUAUACCUGGGCCAUCGUGAAUUAUUAUUCAGAUAGCAAAGAGGGAACAGUGGAGUAUGAUAAUGCGUCUAUGCUUCUUGAGCUGUUAGUACCUUUGACCGCCCAACAUCCCUCUUCUCUCAUGCGACUAGCCUUGUUCAAAUUGAUAGGAGGAAUUAUAUCCCUUCAGACCUCCGCCGUGAACAAGAUAGAACUAUUCAAACAACUAUUGGAACCUGCCAAUCCAUUUGAUAAUAUCCGAAUCCAAUCAUUAUCAUUACUGAGAGAAACAAUAUCCUCAAAAGAAGUCUUGUCUUCUGUACUCGUCGAGAUCCUAUUCCCAAUCUUAUUUGUCUCCCCCUCUCAACAAGACCUAGAAGAUAAUCCAUUCACCUACUCACCUUCCGACCUGCUAAACUCACCUUAUAUACCGUGGUGGACCGAAUGUUUGACUUUGUUAUGGUUCAUACUGGAUUUCGAUAAGGAGGAUGUCACAGGUGCUCGUAAGAGAUCUGAGGGAGAUGAUGGAAUGAGAGCAUGGAUCGGAGGGAUUGAGAAGAAGUUGAAGGAGCUGCAAGUUUUCUUGAGGGACGGUAACAGCGAAGACAAUAAUGAAUUUGGUGGAGCGGAUUUCAUGGUGAUGAGAUUUGAAGAUGCUUUGAAUAGAGUCAGAAGGGUCACGUUCACUAACGCUUAA